GAGCGCGACGACCAGGCCGCCCUCGACGCCGAGCGUGCCCUGUACCGCGCGAGGAGGGCACGGCGCGUCCGCCAGGCCUUGUUGGCCUGCCUCGGGCUCGUCCUCGUCGCCGGUAUCGUCCUCGCUAUCGUCCUCCCGCUCACGAUCGGUCGGCGAGGCGGCGGAGGAGGGGGAGGCGGUGGGGACGGCGGCGGCAAGAAGCGCGACACGCCCGACAUGACGCACCUGCCGCCACCGGGCAAGGGCACGCGCAACCCGAGCUACCUCGUCACGGGCUGGAACGGCGCCGUCGCGAGCGAGGAGCAGAGGUGCAGCCAGAUCGGCGUCGAGAUCUUGCGCGAGAACGGUACCGCCGUCGACGCCGCCAUCGCGACCGCCCUGUGCGUCGGCGUCGUCAACUCGUUCUCGUCCGGUAUCGGCGGCGGCGGCUUCAUGGUCAUCCGCCCUCCCUCCCUCAACUCGUCCACCUCGGCGUCCGACACGCUCCUCCCCUCUGCCUACACGUCCAACCCUCGCUGCACCCACCCCAUCUCGAUCGACUUCCGCGAGGCCGCACCAGCCCUCGCUCGUGCCGACAUGUUCACGCGUGACGCGCGCCCGGACGACCCCGAGUGGAAUCCGGCGCGUGCGAGCAAGGUCGGCGGCCUCGCCGUCGGCGUCCCGGGCGAGCUGCGCGGCUUCGAGGCGGCGUACCACGCGUGCGGCGGCGGCGUCUCGUGGGCCCGGCUCUUUGCGCCCGCCGCCGAGCUCGCGCGCGAGUUCGCGGUCGGCAAGGAGCUCUCGCGCCGGCUCAACACGCGCAUCAGCCAGUGGACGGGCGGCAAGGGCGGGCCGACGCUCAACGAGUGGAUCCGCGACGAGGACGACUGGGCCAGCGUCUUCAUGCGCGAGCACACGGGCAAGGACGGCCGGCGCGACGAGUUCCUCCGCGAGGGCGACAUCGUGCGCCGCCAGGCGUACGGCGACACGCUCGAGCGCCUCGGGCGCGACGGCGCGAGCGCGUUCUACGAGGGCGACAUCGCCGACGCGCUCGUCGAGACGACUCGGGCCGCCGGCGGCAUCCUGACGCGGGACGACAUGCGCUCGUACCGCGCCGUCGUGCGUCGGGCCGAGGAGGGCGUGUACCGCGGCAGGAGGUACUACACGGGCAGCUACCCGAGCGGCGGGCCCAUCCUCCGCCACCUCCUCAACGUCCUCGACGGCUUCGACGACUUUGCCGAGGCGGGCCAGACGUCUCUCACCGAGCAUCGCUUCAUUGAGGCCCUCAAGUUCGCCUUUGCCGCCCGCACGAGUGUCGGCGACCCGCCCUUCAUCCACAACGACAAGCGCCUCGCCGAGAUCCCGACCCGCAAGUUUGCCGACGCAGUGCGUGCCAACAUUACCGACGACCGCACGCACCACCUCGCCUACUACAACCCGCAGUUUGACGUCCUCGAGGACCACGGCACGACGCACAUGUCGACCAUGGACCAGUGGGGCGGCGCCGUCGCCCUCACGUCGACCGUCAACCUCAUCUUUGGCUCUCGUGUGCUCGACGCCAAGACGGGCAUCAUCCUCAACGACGAGAUGGACGACUUUGCGACCCCGGGCAUCCCGGAUGCGUUCGGCCUCAGGCCCUCGCCGUUCAACUACCCCGAAGGCGGCAAGCGUCCCCUGUCGUCGACCUCGCCCUUCAUCAUGGACCACGCCUCGUCCGACGCCGUGUGGCUCACGAUGGGCGGUUCGGGCGGGUCGCGCAUCUUUGGCGCCGUCGCCCAGACGCUCCUCAACCUCGACUGGGGCCACGACUUGGCGAGCGCCGUCGAGUUGCCGAGGGUCCACCAUCAGCUCCUUCCCGAAUAUGUCUCGGUCGAGUCGACCUUCCGCACCGACAUCCUCGACAGCCUGCGCGACCGAGGGCACAACAUCACCCUCUUCGACAUCAACGUCGGCAUCGCCGAGGUCCAGGCCGUCCUGCGGGACGAGGAUGGCAAAUUCUUCGCAACGUCUGACUCGCGCAAGAACGGGAUCCCGGCGGCGUUCUAGAAGCCGGCAGGAGAAGCCGUAGAUGCUCGCAAUGAAAGUCAGACAUCCUGU